AAUAUGAUAACAGUUUUUGCCAUUAUCACUUGCCUUGUUAUCAAAAAAAAUUAUGUUUGUCAUAACCGUUUUUCGACGCAAAAAAACGCUUUCAAAAACUCUUAACUCGUACUAUAUGAAAUAAUCGUCGCUGGACUCAGUAAGACUGAUACAUUUUCACAAAUAUAGUACUUAUAAAGAAUUUAUUAAGACAUUUGAAAUAAAAACAAAUGUGUGGCUGUAAACUUACAUUUUCGGGGCCGGGGUAACUUUGUCCCACUAUUAUUUGUUAGUGAUAACUGAUAGAUAAAAUGUGAGUAGAUACCGAAUUUUUUUUUUACAUUUUUUGGCAUUAUUAUGUUAUUUUAAUGUUUCAAAUGGUCUUUUGAGGUACUAAAGGUAUAACCUACCUACUUUAUUUAUAUGGUUCUUCAUUUUUUUCGUCCUUUUUGUUUAACAGUCCACUAAGCCGCGUAAACAUGUUCGAGAAAUAGGUACAAGGACCUACGUAAAUUAUAAGCCGGAAAUUUUAGAGAGAUGUUUGAGAGCCAUUUCUACAAAAUCAAUGACUCAACGCGAAGCGUCAGCACACUUCAAAAUACCAAGAUCGACUAUCAAAAAUAAACUUAAGAAAAAACAUGGUAAGAACAUUGGCCGUCCUACAACUUUUAGUACAGCCGAGGAAACUAGCUUUGCGCAACAUUGUACUAAACUGGCAGAUUUCGGGUUUCCCUUAAUCCCCGCGGAUUUAAAGUUGUCCAUAAAAACUUAUCUAGAUUCCAAAGGUGUUCGUGUAUCACGAUUUAAGAAUAAUACCCCGGGUGAUGAUUGGGUCUCUGGUUUUUUAAAACGACACCCAGAACUAUCGGUCAAAGUUAGUUCGAAUAUAAAAAAAAGUCGUGCAAAAAUCACUGCCGAUGAUAUAAAUGAUUAUAUGGACCGUCUCGAAAAAAAUUUAGCAGGUAUUCCACCCUCACGCAUUUACAAUUACGACGAAACCAAUCUUACUGACGACACCGGCAAUAAAAAAGUCUUAUGUAAAAGAGGGACAAAAUACGUAGAACAAAUUUGCAACAGCACUAAGAGCGCUAUUUCUUUAAUGUUUUGUGGAAAUGCGGAGGGGCAUUUAAUCCCUAAUUACGUUGUAUAUAAGGCGGAAGCAUUGUGGACCACAUGGACAGAGGGGGGUCCACCGAACACGAGAUACAACCGUAGCAAAAGUGGUUGGUUCGACACUAAUAUUUUCCAAAAUUGGUUUGAGUCAACUUUUUUAAAAGAAGUCCAAGGUGGUGGCCCUUGUGCAUUAAUAGGCGAUAACUUAGCGUCCCACAUAAAUGAACGCGUGAUAGAAAUAUGUGAAGCUCACGACAUCAAGUUCAUUUGUUUACCACCAAAUACUACUCACAUUACACAACCCCUCGAUAUUGCUUUUUUCCGCCCGAUGAAAGGGGCUUGGAGAAAUAUUUUAAGGGAAUGGAAAAAAACAAAAAUAGGCUCUUGUUUUACAACUCUACCAAAAGAUUUAUUUCCCAGACUCCUGACCAAAUUGAUGGAAAAAAUUGAUAUGAAUAAAGCCGAGAAUUUAAAAUCGGGUUUCAUCAAAGCUGGCAUCUACCCCUUAAACCGACAAAAACUUUUAGACCGGUUGGCAGAAAAUAAAGGGGAAAUGUUCGACCAAGACUUAAUAGGUAAUGCUUUUCUCUGCCGCAUUCAAAAAGAACGUGAAGAUUUUAUUGGUGUAGGUGAAAAACAGAGAAAAAAAAAAUUACAAGUGUCGCCCGGCGACAGUAUUUCCGUCGAAGAAAUUCGAAAAUCACGCGGAAACCCAGGACCUUCAAAUGAAACACCUCAACCAAAAAAGAAGUUAAAGUACGCUGAGUUGCCUUCCUCGAGCGAAUCUGAUAUUGACGGUAUUGACACUUUAUUAAGUGACAGUGAUGAUGUUGAUCUUGAUCCUGAUAGUGACAGCGAGGAUGUUGAUAAUCUCGAUCUGGCUGUCGCCGAAGCAGAGGAAGAACAACAAGCUUCGAAUUACAACGUUGGCGAUUUCGUAAUUGUACAAUUUGAAAACAAAAACUUUCCUGGUCGUAUUAUAUCAAUUUUCGAUAAAGGCGCAAAAGUAGAUUGUAUGGAGAAGUUGUCAAAACAGUGGAGGUGGCCGUCCAAAAAAGACUGUAUUGACUACGAAUGGAGCGACAUAAUACGCAAAAUUCAGCCACCGUUAUUGUGUAAGCGCAAUUUUUUUAGAGUACCAGACCUUGAAGAUUUUGUCUGAUAACCUGUCUUCUUUAUUUUGUUUAAAGUAAAUACAAAUUUACUAAGUAAGAACUACUUUUUUUUUAAUUUAAUGUAUUUUUCGAAG